GGUGCAGUACCUGUAGAACAAAGGCCCAUGUCGUCACACGGUAAACUACGUAUAUACCUCAACGGUCCUUACCUGGGUCUCGCAGCAAUCUGAUUUCUACCAUUCCGUUAGCAUCACAAUCCUUGGAACACGUUCAUCAUGGCUCUUGCACGACACAUUGAUCCCGAUGAGCUCAUCGAGAACCUGAAGGACCACCCAAUGCACAAGGCUGGCGGUUCCCAGCGAACCAUUAACCACACAACUCCAUACUCGAGCAGGUAUGCAGCCAGUGUCGAGUUGUCAAAAUACAAAAUCCCUCAAGAUGGUGCACCGGCAGACACUGUCCAUCAGCUGCUCAAAGACGAGCUUGAUCUUGAUGGGAGGCCCAGCCUGAACUUGGCUUCGUUUGUUGGAACGUACAUGGAGCGCGAAGCUGAAGCGCUGAUGAUUGAAAACAUCUCGAAGAACAUGUCCGAUGCCGAUGAGUACCCUGCAAUGAUGGACAUACACGCGCGAUGUAUCUCCAUUCUUGCUCAUCUCUGGGGCGUUCAGAAGGGUGACAAAGCCAUUGGAUCUGCGACGACUGGUUCUAGUGAAGCCAUUCAUCUUGGUGGAUUGGCUAUGAAGAGGAGGUGGCAAGAGAAGCGAAUAGCAGAGGGCAAGGAUACAUCAAAGCCCAACAUCAUUAUGGGUGCCAACGCUCAGGUGGCUCUCGAGAAGUUUGCCCGUUACUUCGAGGUUGAAGCCAGAAUCCUGCCCGUGUCUGAGAACUCAUCGUACAGAUUGGACCCUGAAUUGGUUAAGAAGAAUAUCGACGAGAACACCAUUGGUAUUUUCGUGAUCCUUGGUAGUACGUACACAGGCCAUUACGAGCCUGUGGAGGAGAUCCACGACAUCCUGGACGCUUACGAGAAGGAAACCGGUGUCGACAUUCCUAUCCAUGUCGAUGCUGCAUCCGGCGGUUUCAUCGCGCCUUUCACGCAUGCAAAGGCUGGUAAGAAGUGGAACUUUGAGCUCCCCCGCGUCAAAUCUAUCAACACCAGUGGCCAUAAGUUCGGUCUCGUUUAUGCUGGCGUUGGCUGGAUCAUCUGGAGAGACGAGAGCUACUUGCCCAAGCACUUAGUUUUCGAGUUGCAUUACCUUGGUGGUACGGAAGAGUCGUACACGCUCAACUUCUCCCGGCCAGGUGCACAGAUCAUCGCGCAAUACUACAAUCUGAUCCACCUGGGAUUCAAUGGCUUCCGCAGCAUUAUGGAGAACACGCUCGCCAACGCCCGUCUGUUGAGCAGGGCGCUGGAGCACACCGGCUGGUUCCGGUGCGUUAGUGACAUCCAUCGACAAAAGGGUGAUUUAAAGUUUGUGAAGGGUAAGAAGCAGUACGACGAGGGUGGGGACAGCGCGGCCUACAAUGCCGGUCUGCCUGUAGUUGCGUUCACCCUGACAGACGACUUCAAGAAGGAUUACCCCCACGUUAAGCAGGAGUCGGUUAGCAACUUGCUGCGCGCUAAGCAGUAUAUCAUUCCAAAUUACCCGCUCCCGCCCAACGAGGAGAAGACUGAGAUCCUGCGAGUUGUUGUACGCGAGAGCUUGUCUCUGGACAUGAUCGACCGACUGGUCACUGACAUCUGCCAUGUUAUGGAGCAAUUAAUGAGCACGGAUGCGACCGACCUCGCAGCCUGGCAACCGUCGAACCCCAGUGUGGAGAAGGCCCAUGGGUCUCUCGGACAUCCUGCUCACAACAGGCACAAAGCAAAGCGGCCUAUGCACGAGGGCGUACACCGAUCAGUUUGUUAGCGUUCAGCGCACUUAUGCAUGCAAGUAAUCAAGUAAGGAUGAAAUUCAUGUGACCCUCCUGAAAGGGAAGACGUACAUACAUACCUGCCCGUAGCGUGCAGUC